CAAUUCAACAAAGUAGCCUAAAAAGCAUGCAACACAAACCUUAUCAUGUUUUGUAAAUGUCCUAAAUCAUUAUUCAACACUUAAGGCAUCAUCAUGAUUUCCUUAAUUGAUGUCUACCAUGUAGUGACAGCCACUGUCCCAUUAUAUGUAACUAUGUUACUAGCAUACAUUUGUGUUAAAUGGUGGAAACUAUUCACACCAGAUCAAUGUGUAGGAAUAAACAAAUUUGUUGCAAAUUUUUCAGUUCCAUUGUUAUCAUUUCAAGUUAUAUCUUCAAAUAACAUAUAUAAAAUGAGUCUCAAACUCAUAUAUGCAGAUUGUGUUCAAAAAUUUCUUGCAUUUUUAGUCUUAAUUGCAAUUAUUAAGAUAAGUGAUAUUAGAGGUGGUAAUUUGAAAUGGAUCAUAACUGGUCUUUCAUUAUCAACACUUCCUAAUACUUUGAUCCUUGGAAUUCCACUCAUGAAGGCUAUGUAUAAAGAUGAAUCUGAUUUUCUAUUGCCUCAGAUUAUUUUCUUGCAAAGUAUGAUUUGGUAUAAUUUGCUUUUGUUUCUUCAUGAGCUUGAUGCUGCAAUUCCUGCAAAGACUAUGCCUGCUGCACAACCAUCACAAGACACAGGAGAAAGUGAGAAUUCUAUCGAAAUACAAUCAAAAGAAGAGGGAGAAGGAGAAACUAGACCAGAAAGGAAAAUGAGGAUUUUGAUUAUUCUUAUGAAAGUUGGGAAGAAAUUGAUCAUGAAUCCUAAUACCUAUGCAACUUUUAUAGGCCUUAUUUGGGCAAGCAUACACUUCAAGUGGGGAGUAGAUUUGCCGGAUGUUGUUAAUCAGUCGAUAACAAUAUUAUCUAGCGGAGGUCUAGGGAUGGCUACAUUCAGCUUAGGUUUAUUUAUGGCAUCAAACUCAAGCAUCAUAGCAUGUGGACCAAGAAUGACAAUGGUGGCAAUGGGACUUAAAUUUCUUGUUGGGCCUGCCCUAAUGGCUGUAGCCUCCAUUGUGAUUGGAUUAAGAGAUACAAUGCUCAAAGUGGCAAUUGUUCAAGCAGCUCUACCCCAAGGAAUUGUUCCUUUUGUUUUUGCAAGAGAGUAUAAUGUCCACCCAGCAGUUUUAAGCACAGGGGUCUUACUAGGAAUGCUUAUUGCUUUGCCAGUGGCACUGAUUUACUACCUUAUCUUAUCACUUUGAAUAUAUACAAGGCACAAUUUUGCUUCCAAUUACGAAAAUUUAUAACAAAUUUUACAAGUAGAUUACACAGAUUUUGUAACUGUUGAUUCAACAGAGAAAUAAAAACACUUGUGAGUACAUCAUUAUACAA